UGAAAAGGUUAAAACACGUGAUCAGUGGGGGAGCAGUGUCAUCUUUGCCCAGGUCUUGAACUUUGACCGAUCCUGUCAGUGACGCGGUCAGCUCACCUGUUCAGGUGAGGCCGUGUGACUGUGAAGGUGUGACGGUAAUGUUCUCGGUGUGACCGGAGGCUGGACUGGUUCCAUCGGUGUGAUCCGGUCUCUCCGGUAUGCUGUUGUGGGUCGGGCCCGGUGCUCGAUGCUCGGUGGUUAAAUGUCGUCAUCACGUGACGCAGAUGUCAGAACAGAGCAGACCGAUCACGGAGCAGCAGCAGCAGCAGCAGCAGAGUCCCGAGCACAGCAGGAUGAUCCUUUGCAGCAAGAGAAUCAUCGUCAUGAUGAAAGUCCAACCAGACGACUCAGUUUCCCAUCAGCCACCUUACAGGAAGCAGAACACACAGCUCUGAUCUUCAACUGUGAGAGAAGUAAAGAGACCCCGCCGCUUAUCAGACCAUCAUAUACCUCCCGGCUGUAUCUACAACUCUGCAACCGCACAGCCAAUCAGAGCUCAGAACUCACAGCCAAUCAGAACCAAGAGCUGACCCUGCACAGAGUUAAGGUGAAGGCUGAGGACGAGGUCUGUCACUCCAGAGUAACCGCAAAGGCGGAGGACGAGGUCUGUCCCAUCAGAGUAAAGGCGAGGGCUGAGGACGAGGUCUAUAACUCCAGAGUAACAGCAAAGGCUGAGAACGAGGUCCGUCCCAUCAGAAUUGAUGGACAAACGUCAGAAGGAGAUUUGUCUGCGAGGUUUUCGUCAUCAUGUGGUGGGAAACUAACCAAUGAUGGCACCAUCACAUUAUUUUCUAAUGGACUAGAGACGAACCAGGGCUACAGGUCUGCAGGCUCCAACGUAUAUCCACGUGUAAAAGAUCAGACGUGUUCUAAACAGACUAAUCCUGUGGAAUUAUCCAACCCUGACAGAACCAUGUUGUCGUCCAGUAUGGUGACCGUCCUCGCCCCCCAUUGGAGUAGCAGGAUGAGACGGAACAAAAGGUUUGAGGGAGCUUGCGAUCCUGAGGCUCACAGAGGUUUUCAUGACAAUACAAACUCUGCAGCAAACCGUUUAAGUGACCGUUUUCAGGAGAGCACAGACAGACCAUCAGCAGGAGGAUCAUGGGAACUUUUAAGGUUUUCGUCACCUGGAUCCAGGCGGAACACAGAGGGCUGGUCAACCAAGAGUGGUCCUGCAAGUUUGGACUCUGAGUGUAAGAGAAAAAUGAUGCACACUGUCUCUGUGGAUGUUAUUUCUGGACGCAUGGACAACAGAAGAAGGGAUUUAGCCACGAGUCUGCCUCCCACAUCUCUGACCUCUGUGGAUCCAAGUGAUCAGAGGAACCAGAGUUAUUGUCUAGAUGGACCGUCAUCAAUUAACUCCAAACCAACAACCAGCAGUCUUCUUCUUUCUUUAAGAAGAUUCCAUUCUAACAGCAGGAUGUCUGCUGCACCGCCCCCCCCCUCUGAGAUUAACCCAGGACCAGGUCAUCAGACAGGAAAAUUAUUCCCAGCAAGCUUCCACAAUAAUAAUAACCAAGACAAGUCAAUGCCCCUCCUCUCUCCAUCAUCCAAUUCCUGUAACACAAGUGAAACUUCCCCCCUUCUUUCACCACCAUCCUCCAAUCACAGUCAAAGGAAGAUGUUUGACACGCGCUUUGUUUCGGCCUCACCGACUAGAAACGAUGGUGAAGAUGCAUCCUUUACCCAACAACCCCAGGCAACCCGGUCCCAGUCCAACCUGUUAUGUUCCAAACAAACUUUUCCCAGUAAAGGACUGACAGAAAGACAGCAAAAGUUCAGGAAUUCAAAUACAAGUUUAUUCUCAGAGAGUUCUGCUUCCUCCCCCCCAUACUCUUACGACCGCUAUACUUCCUCUCCCCAUCACUCCCAUGACCGCUCUGUGUGCAUCGCCCCACGAAGAACAACCCUGACGUCCACUUCCUGGUGGAAAAAAGUUUCUCAGGAAGGUGUUUCUCCUCUGAAGAACAACGACACAGCAGGCACCAAAGAAAAGCCAAACACACCCUUUGCUCCACCGGGUAAUAACAACAGUGAUUUGGCUUCUGUAGGUCCACCUGACAUCAGAAGAUUUAAUAGUAACAAUAACACAGCCGAGUCCCUUAGCAAAGGCAGCAUAGACCGCAUAAUGAAGCCACUGGGAGGAUCCCAAAACCUAAGAGACAGAGUCAGUGAGGAUUCAGUUGAACAUGAUUCAGGCAGGCUUGUCAAACGACUAAAUGAAUCCAAUUUAAACACCAGAGAACCACCAAAGCCUCAGAGUCUGCCUGAUGCUUUUCACUGUUCUAAAAUUAGCAGAGCUACAGCACAAACACUGAGUCAUCCUGAAGAGCUCACCGAGUCUGAUGUAAGUGAUAGUUCAUUUACAACAAACACAACAGAAUUACCACCUACCCUGCAAAAUUCCCAGAGUUCAAACACACCCGGUGAGAGCAGUGGCAGUAAAUACAGGAAUAAUCACUGGGAACUUAAAGGCAAAAGCUCCCCUACAUCUUUGGACUGCAAGAACUCUCAAAGUUUGACUAAACCUCUCCAAAUCAAUCAAACUCUCACGCCUAAAGCGGCCACUAUUCUCCAACUGACUAACAGUAAAACCAAGCCUGAUGUGAACUUUAAUCCUAUUUCUGCUCAGACUGACAUUCAUUCUCCAACGCACUCUGACUCCUCACAAACCUACAGAAGUACAAUGAAAGAGAUUUUCACACCUCUGGGCUUCAAAAGAAGCUAUGAGUCUGUCCCUAAAUCUUUCCGCCCCAAAGCUUCAUCCAGCCUGAUUCCCACGGUGAAAACUUUCUCCAAAACAGACGCAGCCCCUCUAGUCAUCGAUGUCAACCUUGCCUCUCCUAAAGCAAACCCUAACCCUCAAAACCUUAACCCUGUCUCUACCAUCAUGGUCUCUACUAACCCUAACCCUUCCACCAUAGUCUCUACUAACCCUAAUCAUGGUCCUUCCACGAUGGUCUCUGCUAACCCUAACCCUUCCACUGUGGUCUCUACUAACUUUAACCCCUCCACUGUGGUCUCUACUAACCCUAACCCUUCCACGAUGGUCUCUCCUAACCCUAACCCCUCCACUGUGGUCUCUGCUAACCCUAACCCUUCCACUGUGGUCUCUACUAACCUUAACCUUUCCACUGUGGUUUCUGCUAACCCUAAUCAUGGUCCUUCCACCGUAGUCUCUACUAACCCUAACCCUUCCGCCAUGGUCUCUGCUAACCUUAACCCCAACCCUCCCACUGUCCUCUGUAGCAAAGCUGACUCUGAAUCUAUCCUGUCAGUCACUACGGCAAUUCCCAGCACAACACUCCCUACUUCUUCUGUCCCUUCUGCCCUUGCUUCUUCUUCAUCAUCUUCCCCAUUCACCAUUUCCUCUCUAUUAACCCCUCCUGCCACUCCAGUCAUUACCAGCCCAAACUGCGUCUCUUCCAGCCCUCAGGACAGAAAAGACUUCUCAAGCAGCCAAGACAGAGACUCAAAAAAGCACCGCUCAGAGGGAAAGAGACUAAGAAGAGUAACAUGGGAGGAUUCAGAGGAUCUGCCACACUCUGAACCAAUCAAAGCUGAAAAUCCGAGGGAGGCUCAAGUCCCAACAAGCCCUCUCCCUCCCUCCAGGUCCUCAACAGGUGUCAAAGCUCCAUCCAUCUUUUCUUUCCUAAGAUCAAGCAGCCCAAACACUAACACAUAUACCUCAAAGACCUCCAGCAUACGGGUAUCAAAAGGAGGCAAGUAUCGAUCUUUUUCAUCUGACUCUGCUGACUCAGCAUCCAGAGAGCAUGAGCAAUCCAAGCUAAGACCUAGUAAUCCUCCGACUUUUGACCUGAAAACGGAGGAAGAAGUACGCACCCCUAGACAUGAGAGGACUCUAUCAGUGGAAUCUGGUACAUCCCAAAGUCAUCCGUCUGCUCCUUUGUCCCUCCCCCCAGACUUUCUGAGUGGUUAUAAGCUUCGAUAUAGCUCCCCACCUUACUCCACUCUCAUGUCAACACGAUCAACACAGGCAGAAACUAAGCCCAUGACCCCUCGAUCAAAACUCUUCCAACAAACUUUGAAUUAUACCCCUCAUCUUUCCAAAUCUGCAGAUUCAGUCAAAACAUCACUGAUGUCCAAACCCCCACGUUCACCCGUCAGCCUCAGACAGCCUCCAACAUCAGCUUCACAAAACAAAUCUUCCCCCCCUGAAAGUGUAAUCGAUAGCAUCGACAAGAACAACAACCAAGAUGGCUACAACAGCAAGAUAUUGCUUAUCAGUAACAGAGUCCAUGUUGGUUCACCUUCUCUGCAGGGAGCUAAAGCAACAGACAUGUCUUCAACAUGUGUAACCGAGACUCUGGUGUAUAGCAUUAAACCUAAGAUAGAUGCAGUAAGCUCACAGAACAGCCCAUCUAAACCUUUGCAACAUACUGCAAACACAGCAUCAUUACACGGAGUGCAAAGUAAGAAAUCCACGGCAGAAGCAGCAAACCAUUCAAGUGGAGGCAGCUCCACAGACAGCCAGUCCACCGAUGAUGGACGCAGAAAAAUGAAGGACAGAACACUGAGGAAAAACAGGUUAUUUUCAACGGAGAGCAGCAACGAACAAAGCCCAAAAAGAAGUCUGUUUGCUCUAAAGAAAAGUGUCAGCACACCAAACUCCAGUUUAUCAAGGUCUGAGUCAGACCGAGCUAACAAGACAAACAAAAAAGUGGACCAAGUCCUCAGCAGGUUGAGACAAACUUUCAGUACCAGACGCUCCGAUGAUGACUUGGCAUUUCCUUGGAAAUGGAGGCGAAACUCCCAAACACCAUCUGUUAGUGAAUCAAGCGAUAUCAGCAACGUCAGUGACGUACCUGCUGAGAUCAAAACCUCAGACAAGCCAGAGCUCAGAACAGAUCAGAACCCAGCGCAGGCUCUGACAGGUGAUGAAACAGGAACUCAGGGUACCAAUAGAUGGACACACAAGAAAGACACCAUCAUACCAAUGGCAACUUCAGGAGGAACAAUGUUAGCAAAGAAGGUUUUGAUUUGGCCAGAAAAAUCCUCUUCACAGAACAAUCCUGACCAAUCACAUGCCUGCACAGAACAUGAGUCUGAAAAUAAAAUUAAACCUCAUUUAACAAUCCAGAGCCCAACCACACAGCAGCACUUUUACCACGACACCAGGACAGAUCCUAAACCAGCACACCAGCUCCUCACCUACACAGACCACAGUCCUGGAAGAAUCCCGGAGCCCACUUACCCUGGCCAAUUCAGAAAGUCCACACCCAGCCCCAGAAGCCCAUUCUCCCCCUUCUCUUCUCUCUCUCCUUUCUCCCCUUUUCCCUCACCAGAUCCCACAGAUGAUGUCUUCUACAGCCCAAAGCUUCAGCGGCGCAGAGAAUCCCCUUCAUCCGGUGAGCCAGGAGAAGGAAUCAGCCUGAGGGCUUCAAGAGGAAGCCGAGCAGCCACUGGUCCCCCCACUGCAGGUCCGGGACAGGACCAGGACAGCUCAUCAUCCUUGUAUGCAGACUUGAAAUAUGGCAUCGAGCCUGGGAGGUCCUUCUCUGUCACUUCAGUACUGUCCAGUCGACCCUCUGGGCCUGGUCGGAUCUCCACUGGAUCAAGGUUUAAGAGCGUGGGGGAUCUUUCAGCUUUGACAGGUGAAGGAACUGGACAGGACUUGGACCCAUGGUCUGUCUCUCCUGAUUGGACCACAGGAAAUGAUUCCCUGCCCAGCAAAGAUCGUCUGAUGUCAUACUUCCCCAGUGACCCCGGUACGAUGAAAACCAGAUCCCUUCCUCGAUCAUUAACCAGACGUUUGGCCAACUGGAGCUCGGAAGUUACUCCCCCACCCCUUACCACAGCAACAUCAAAUCAGGGCCGCCUGUGGAGCCCCAGUAUGAACAGCAGUACCUUAACAUGGGACACAGAAGGUCCUCCAACCCCUCCUCCGACUCCGCCAUUGUCCCCUAUUUCCAGACGUAUGUCCAAACCUUCCAGCCUGUCCUCACCUACAGGUCUGGUCUCGACAGGACCACAGAGGGUGGACAGCCCAUCCUCCAGAGGAUGUCUACCGUCCAGAGGAUACGUUUCCAGUCUAAGCACCUUUGAGGAGUCUUCAGACAGCAGCUCGGCCACAACAACAGAUGACGAGUAUGUGUUAGAGAGUGACAAAGACGAGAAAGAGACAGAACUGUGAAGAAGAAAACCUUCUUGCUGUGAUUCUGGACUUUGUUUUGUUCUUGGGGGACAAGGACACAAGGUGGAUCCAUUAAAUGUAAGACAUGAAACAGUCAUGAGAAAGAAACAUACAACUAAGAGAGGCAAGGCAUGAGGCAUAGGAUGUUAACCAUGAAAUAUGAGACGAAGACAUGAGAGAAACAGAACUCAGACAUGAGAUAUGAGACAAAGACAUGAGAGACAGACUUUAGGGAAAAAAACAUACAACUAAGAGACGAGGCAGAGGCAUGACACAUUGGACAUUAACCAUGAGAUGUGAGACAAAGACUUGAGAGAAAGACAUGAGAGAAAUAUACAAAUCAGACACGAUAUUGGAGACACAGAUGAGAGAAAGAUGAGGCAGACAUGAGGCACAAGACAAACCAUGAGAUAUGAGACAAAAACGUGACUGAAAUAUAAGAGGAAGACAUGAGAUUGACACGAUGCAGAGACAUGAGACGAUAAUCAUGAGAUAUGCGACCAAAACAUGAAAUCAAGGCAUGAGAUGGGGACACAAGAUAUGAGAUAUAAACAGACAUAGCCAGAGACGAAGACAAGACAGUCAUGAUUCUAAAGACAAUUUAAACUGUGUUUGACUCCCAUCUUUGUCUUUUUGUCCCAUCACAGAUGUCUCUGGGAGUGGUUUUGGUUUGUUGCUGCAUGAUUUAAUUUUGUUUGAUUUCAUGUCAAAGGGAUGUUGAGAGACAACCAUUGCUCACAUCAGCAUGGACUCUUAAGUUUAUUUUGUUGCUAAACACUUUAGUGGCUAUGGCUGCAGGGCUGCAUUGUGGGAAUUUCACAUCUUAUUGAUUAUUUAUAGAUAAGACAGAAGCAUUUAAAGACACAAUGUGUCAAGUUUGAAUUUCCAACCCAGGUUUAUUAGGGAUGAACGAUAUUGUCGGCAUUAUAUCCUAUUUGGCAAACAUUAGCUUAAAAAAAAUACUCAGUAGAUAUUAAAACUUCUGCUGAUAAUCAUUACGGAUAUAACAGCUGUAAAUAUCAGCCUAUAUCAGCUGAAAAUACAAGCCUUUAUCAGGUGUAAAUAUCAGCUGAAAAUACAAGCCUAUAUCAGGUGUAAAUAUUGGCCUAUAUCAGAUGUAAAUAUCGGCCUAUAUCAGAUGUAAAUAACGGCCAAUUGUAUUUUUUUAAAAAUUGGUAUUAAUAUUGUUCUCAGCUCAAAUGAAUCUUUAAAUAUCAGUUUUUUAGAUAUCAGCCAAAAUCAAUAUCAUUCAUUCCGGUCUUUAGGUUUGCAUUUCAUUUGAUCCUGAACAGUUAAAAACUCAAGAGGAUGACUCUUAAAGAAUUCAUCAGCUGUGGUUUGCCUUGUAAAUAUUGUAACAGGUCAAAAAGUUUAAAUUUAUUGUCCUGACUUUUUAAACGGUACAGGAGAUGUUUUGUAAAAUUCAAACUUUUGCUGUAAAGUAUUGAUCACAUUUGAUGUUCAAACUAUUUUUGUAAUCAGUGUUGCUUCUCUUGACAGUGGCAGUAGAAGUCUUAAUCUGAGUUUUUAUGAUUAAAUGUCCUAUUUUCA